AUGCUACGCAAGCGCGUCAGAGACGACGAAGAAGACGGGAGGCAACCCCUCACACCUUCAACGACACCCCCAGGAUCCACUCAUUCUUUAUCCAAGCGUCGGCGUGUGGCUCCUCCAAAUGCUCGGGCUGCAGGCUCUCCCGUAACUGCUGCUCUUCAUCCAGGACUGGACAAUCUUCACCACCCCCUUGGAGACCAAGUUUUAUCCGAAGAGGAUGAAUGCUUAGACCAGAUCGAGCUGCAUGCUUCUAGGUCGGGGUCGCAGCUUUCGAUUAUUGAUCGCAGCACUGGGCAGCGAGACUUGCAGAACCGAUUCGCCAACAUAUCACCCGAUGAGUUCACAAGAGAACGCUCUCUCAGUGAAGAGGAAGAUAACUAUGACCCAGAAGAUGUUGACGCCUUUGAAGGCGAGAGCUCUGACGACGAUGAUACCUUUCACACUUUCUCGCACUCUCGUGCGAAACCCACCUUUGUCCACCGUGACUCGUCGCCAACAUCAGCUCCUCUCGCUCCUAUCAAUGCUCUUCUUCAUGACCUCCAUGAACAGCGACAGCUUGUAUGUCAGCAGCGGGAAGUUACUAAAAGCGCCGCUCUUACCACGGGAGCCAGACUCACGGUCGAAACUCCAACUAGCCGAACCCCCACACCACCCAGGCCUGCACACCUAACUUGUACGAAAACUUCUACAAACUCUGAGUCUGUGGAGGCCGAGAAAGCCACUGUCACUGCACGGUACGAAGAAACCAAUCGUCUUCUCGGAGCCCUAUUUCUGAACCGGAGACGCCUUCCCAAUCGCGUUGACAGUGAAGAUAACUAG